AAUUUGGCACAGCUGCUUAACAUUUGUCCUGAAUAUGUCGAGAUAGAUGCUCAGGAUUUUGUGAAUAAUAAGAAAACAGGCAAACAUAUAACACAUGUUUGACUGAACAGCUGUUGUUGGGUGAAAAUGCGCGUGUAAUGCUGUGUAAAAACGUGGAUGUUACAGAUGGUCUUGUUAAUGGGGUUUGCGGUACUGUAACUCAUAUAGUUGGUGCAGAUAAGGGUACGUUUCCUCUCAAAGUGUAUGUUAAGUUUGAUGAUGAGCAUGUUGGCGCGCAGAGGAGGAAACAAUCGACGAGUAGCUUAGUUUUCUUUGGUUCCACCGGUAUUGAACCAGAGGAAGAAAAAGUUACUAACAAAGGUGGUAUGCGACGACAGUUUCCGCUGAAACUUGCUUGGGCUUGUACGGUACAUAAAGUACAAGGUAUUACUGUAGAUAGUGCUGUUGUUUCUCUUAAGAAAGUAUUUUCUGCAGGCCAGGCAUAUGUAGCCCUAAGUCGUGUUAGAAGUUUGUCAGGUUUGGUGAUUCAAGAUUUUGAAGAUAAAGCCAUAUAUUGUAAGGAUGGUAUUCAGGAUACAAUUCAGAGUAUGCCUCAAUUCUUGAACCAAAAUAUAACUAGACACAAAUUUAGUACAAGUAGUUUUACUGUAUUUUUGAUGAAUGUGCAAAAUUUGACACACCAUGUAUCUGAUUUGGCAUUAUGUACACAGCAAUUGCAGCUUAACUGUAUUGCUGUUACAGAAACAUGGCUACCUGCUGCUUCCUCAUUUGAAGCUGUAAAGAUUGAUGGUUUUACUUUUCAUGGUUGUCCACGAAGUUUAUCUUACAAUAGCAACAAUCCAGCACUGAUUGAACUUCAAGGACAACAGCAUGGUGGAGUCGGCUUUUAUAGUGCAGACAAUUUGGAAUAUAAUAUUAUCAAAGCAACAAAUGUGAAUUUGGAAUGUUUUAUUUAUAACUAUGUUACAUGUAACAUAUUAAUAGCUGUCAUUUAUCGACCACCAUCUUAUCCCAUGUCUUUAUUUAAAGAACAUCUAGGCAAAUUAGUUGAUUGGCUAGAUCCAAAAAGUAACACAAUUGCAAUCAUGGGAGAUUUUAAUGAGGACAUCUUGAAAUCAUCAACAAUCUGCAAAUUUCUAACAGACAAAGGGUACAUUCAAUAUGUUACACAGCCCACAACAGAGAAGGGCACAUUAAUUGACCAUGUGUAUGUGAAAACAUCACAUUAUGAAAUUGAAUCAGUAGUGUUGCCAACAUAUUUUAGUGAUCAUGAGGCGGUUGUUUGUUCUUUUAAAUGUAUAUCUUCUGACAUAGGACAGUAAUACUUUACAACUGUUGUAGAUGUAUGUUUUUAGUGAGCAUUAUUUGGUGAUUUUUAACUUUAUGAGUUGUAUGUUAUUUAAGCUUAUUUAUGGCCAAGCAUGAAAUAUGAAAUGAAACUGGUAUUUUUAACCAUUUUGUGUAUUAGGUGUUGUAAAAAUAAAUGACAAGGGUUUCUUUUUCCUGCAUUACAACAGCAUUUAUAAGUCUAACAUGUAUUGAUAAUAUUUGAUAAUGCACAAAUGACAUUUGGUGAACAACUACAAUAUAAUUGUCAUUUUGACAUAAUAUGAAAUGCUGCCAUAUGCUGUGGGUAAUGCAGGUUUUGCUUUUCCUUCUAUGUAGUGUCAAAAAGCAAAAGGCACCGGUAAUGGCUACUCCUGGUUUAUACUGGGAUGGGGUUCGAUUCCCUGCGGUGCCCUGCUGAUCAAUUUGACAUUUACAUAAAAGCAUGUCCUCCAGCGCAUGUCGAAGUGUUGCCCAGUCGAAGGUCUUUUGUCAGUGACUUGUAGAUGUUUCCGGACUCAGGCUGUUUUCAGACAAAUCAAGGAGAGAAACAUCACUUCCUUUGUGCACUAUUUUGCCUUCAGCUGGGACUGCUGCGUUGAAAUGCUGUAGGGGGCGCUAUCGAGCCAGUUUGCAUCACUGAAUGAAUAUUUUAAAGUAGACAUGCUCAGGCCUGGAUUGAUAUCAAACCUGUGAAGUUUGAGGCAGAUCCAACCGUGUACACUCAAGUUAUAUCAAUUUCCUCUGUCAUGGCGAAACAUCAAAACUCAA